GCAUUUGCACUUUGCAGUGCGUUGAGCAAUAACCGGGUCUUAGUGACCCGGUUUAUCCCCAGAAUUCGAAGCUACAAAUUCUAAAGAGUAAUUCAACACAACACUACUACUUCUACCACCACCACCACCAUUACCAACCGCUACCACCCUAUUAAACCUUUACUUUCUUCUCAUUUUCUCUUUUAUUUAUCAUUACUCGUAAGGUGAGGUUUUUCAGAAAAGUACUAGGCAAUAAAAAGCUCUAUAGCAAAUAGAAGAACUGAAAGACACCAUGGAAGAAGAUGACAUCUACACGAAAGAUGGGACUCUGGACAUAAACAAAAACCCUGCUAAUAAGAAGACAACUGGACAUUGGAAAGCCUGCCGCUACAUUCUUGGAAAUGAGUGUUGUGAGAGGUUGGCAUACUACGGGAUGAGCACCAAUCUGGUGAACUAUCUUGAGGAACGUCUCAACAUGGGAAAUGCCGCAGCAGCCAAUAAUGUCACGAACUGGGCCGGAACUUGUUACAUCACACCGUUAAUCGGAGCCUUUCUUGCUGAUUCAUACUUGGGAAGAUACUGGACAAUUGCUAGUUUUUCGAUUAUUUAUGUCUUUGGGAUGACACUCUUGACAUUGUCUUCUUCCGUUCCUGGACUGAAGCCAUCUUGUGACAAGGCUGGUUGUCACCCAAAAACAUUGCAGACUGCUGUCGGCUUUAUAGCCCUGUAUAUGAUCGCACUUGCUACUGGUGGAAUCAAGCCAUGUGUCUCAUCUUUUGGCGCUGACCAAUUUGAUGAAACUGAUGAGAAGGAGCGGAAAAAGAAGAGUUCUUUCUUCAAUUGGUUUUACUUUUCCAUCAAUGUUGGAGCGCUAAUCGCUUCAUCGGUCCUUGUCUGGAUUCAGAUGAAUGUGGGAUGGGGUUGGGGAUUUGGCAUCCCUGCAGUUGCAAUGGCCAUUGCAGUUGUGUUCUUCUUCUCAGGCAGCCGGUUGUACCGUCUUCAAAAACCUGGAGGAAGUCCCCUUACAAGGAUUGUUCAGGUUAUCAUCGCAUCUUUCCGGAAGUUCAAUGCACAAGUCCCUGAAGACAAGUCCCUCCUUUAUGAGACUGCUGAUGAGGAAUGCGAUAUCCAAGGAAGCCGUAAGCUUGAGCACACAGACAAGUUAACCUUCUUUGACAAGGCUGCUGUGCAAACCGAGACCGACCAUAUAAAGGGCGGAUUGGCAAACCCGUGGCUACUCUGCACAAUUAGUCAAGUUGAAGAGCUCAAGUCUGUUAUUAGGUUACUUCCAAUAUGGGCAUCUGGGAUAGUCUUCUCCACAGUUUACAGCCAAAUGAACACCAUGUUUGUGUUGCAAGGGAACACGUUGGACCAACACAUGGGUUCACACUUUGAAAUCCCAUCUGCUUCUCUUUCUCUAUUCGACACUCUUAGCGUUCUCUUUUGGGCUCCUUUGUAUGACCGGAUCAUCGUCCCAUAUGCAAGGAAGUUCACUGGUCACGAACGAGGCUUCACUCAGCUGCAAAGAAUGGGAAUAGGCCUUGUCAUCUCCAUCUUUGCCAUGAUAUCCGCUGGGAUUUUGGAGGUUAUUCGUCUAAGCAUUGUGAGGGGCAAAAACUAUUAUGAUCUGAAGACAAUUCCCAUGUCAAUAUUCUGGCAAGUCCCGCAAUACUUUCUCAUCGGAUGUGCUGAAGUUUUCACCUUUAUUGGACAAUUGGAGUUCUUCUAUGACCAAGCUCCCGAUGCCAUGAGAAGCAUGUGCUCCGCUCUCUCCCUCACGACUGUUGCAUUAGGCAAUUACUUGAGCACUGUGCUAGUUACAGUUGUGACCAAUGUGACCACAAACAAUGGAAGUCUUGGUUGGAUUCCGGAUAACUUGAACAGAGGCCAUCUUGACUACUUCUACUGGCUCUUGGCAAUCCUUAGUCUUCUUAACUUCUUUGUGUAUCUCGGGAUUGCCAAGCGCUACACUUACAAAAAGGCGGUGGGGCGUCCAGGCUAAUAAUACAAGACCCAUCCAGCUAGUUAAUUCUAAUCUGGUGUUUUAAUCCUCUAUUAUUAUUUCAAGAUUUGGAUGCAUUGUUGGAUGUGAAUCUGGUUAUUUAUAGAUAUUUAAGGUAUGCCUGUUUCUUUUAGUGCA